UAAGGUUAAAAGUUUUCAUUUUUGAAAAAUGCGUGAAAUUAUAUCCAUCCAUCUAGGUCAAGCCGGUUGUCAAAUUGGUAGUGCAUGUUGGGAAUUAUUCUGUUUGGAACAUGGAAUCACACCUGAUGGAUGUAUGCCAAAAUUACCUUGCACUCCGGGCUCGCCUUUCGAUACCAGUUUUGAAACAUUGUUUAAUGAAAAUGAAGCAUGUAGAUUUACACCACGAGCAUUAUUUUUAGAUUUAGAACCAACGGUCAUUGAUGAAAUACGGCUUGGAAGUUAUGGCAGAUUGUUUAAUCCAUAUCAGAUGAUUACUGGAAAAGAAGAUGCGGCAAAUAAUUACGCACGUGGCCAUUAUAGUAUUGGAUGUGAAAUCAUCGAAUUAGUAAUGGACCGAAUUCGAUUAAUUGUAGAAAAAUGUUGUAGCUUACAAAGUUUUAUGUUGUACCAUUGUUUUGGUGGAGGUACCGGAUCUGGUUUCACAUCUUUGUUAAUGGACAAUUUAGCGAGUUAUUUUCCAAAAAAGAUUUUAUUAGAGCAAACAAUUUAUCCAUCGCCAUGUAUUUCGACAACAAUUGUAGAACCAUAUAACGCAGUUUUAGGAACACAUUCCACCCUUUGCACAUCUAAUUGCAAUUUCAUGUACGAUAAUGAAGCGAUUUACAACAUAUGUCGUAAAAACUUGCUUAUCGAUCGUCCAACUUAUACGAAUUUAAAUCGAUUAAUUGCCCAAGUUGUAUCAUCAGCAACGGUAUCAUUACGGUUUGCUGGUGGAUUGUCAGCAGAUUGCACGGACUUCCAAACUAAUUUAGUGCCAUUUCCACGAAUACAUUUCCCAGUGGUAUCCUAUGCACCAAUUAUACCAGUUGAUCGAGCUUUUAUGGAAACGAUUAAUGUUCCAGAUAUCACGACCUUCUGUUUUGAUCCAACCAAUCAAAUGGUGAUGUGUAAUCCACGAGAUGGUAAAUAUAUAGCGUGCUGUUUGAUGUAUCGUGGAGAUGUAGUUCCAAAGGAUGUGAAUGCCUCAAUUGCUAUGAUAAAAAGUCAUAAAAAUAUUUGCUUUGUUGAUUGGUCUCCAGCAGGAUUUAAAGUAGGCAUUAAUUGGCAACCACCGACUGCUGUACCAGGUGGUGAUUUGGCAAGAACUCGUCGUGCUGUAUGCUUAGUUGCAAAUACAACGGCAAUAAUACCAUCAUGGCAACGUUUAAACCAUAAAUUUAAUAUGAUGUUUAUGAAAAGAGCAUUUGUUCACUGGUAUAUGAGCGAAGGAAUGGAAGAAGGUGAAUUUAUUGAAGCUAUUGAAAACUUAGCAACUCUAGAACAAGAUUAUCGUGAAAUUGAAUGUGAUUAUUGUGCUUAUUAGAGGUAACAUUUUUAUGAAGUUUGGAAGUAGUUUACAAAUUUUCGAUUCUAAAAAGGUUAAAAAUCUGCAAUAAUUUAACGACAGAAACUAUUUUAUCAUUUAACCCAAGUCGUAGUAUGUGAUGGCGGGCACAAAAAAUUUAAAAAUAAGAAACUAUUACGAGUUAGAUCAAAUGAGUAAACUAAUUU